CACAGGCAGAGUAGAGGCGGGUCUUCGCAAAAUACCAUGGGGAAAAAUAUAGCGUUGGUGCACGAGCCACUUUAUACUUGAAGGAGCCAUGACAAAGCCCAAGAUAAGAAGCUGCCAUGAUUAUGGAGCAAGCAACAGUGCCAGUCGGAAAACAUGUGUGAGCUAUUAUGUUUGCCUCCUGAAAAAAAAGAAUUUUAAAGAAAAUGAGAAGGCAGUGAGGACAAGCAACUGGGGUCAGAAGAAACGGUGCCGGAGUUUUGGGCUCAGCCCAUAUGGCGGUGAGCAAGCUUACUGCCUUGGGCUAUAACCCGAUUUUGUUCAUUGGAAAGAAGAAGAAGAGGGUGAAUACAAUGACCACUGAGACGAUCACCUACAUGUGCCCUGGAGGGGAAGGGCCCAUGAAAACCUAUUUAGAAAAAAUGAGCAGGCUUUACAAGUACAUUGUUAAAAACUCUGAGGAGGAGACCUAUGCCCUUACCCUCAUUCCUGUUCCCUCAUCUCCAAGCACCCAUCAACCCAUCUCACCAUCUCCUGCUCAACAAAACAUGAACAAAAGAUGUCCUUACAUGGUAGUUUUCUGUCUGAUGUGCAGUUCCAGUGCUCGAUCUGUUUGGAUGUGUUCACUAACCCUUCGUCCACACCAUGCGGCCACAGCUUCUGCAUGGCCUGCAUCAGCAGAUACUGGGAUGGAUCUAAGGUUUGCCAGUGUCCUCUGUGUAAGAAGACCUUCCAUAAGCGGCCAGACCUCCAGAUCAACAGGACGCUGCGAGAGAUCACUGAGCAGUUCAAAUCGAUGACAGGAGGAGGAGGAGGAGGAGGAGGAGGAGUAGGGAGGGAGAAGAGAGGAGGGAAAGGAGGAGGAAGAGACGGAUGCGUACAGGAUAAUUUAUUUGAUGAAUUGCGGAAGAAGCUGCCACGACCUCUACCAAAGACACCCAUGGCACUGACCUAUGAGGCUCAAACCCAUGGUGAGCCCAACCCGACAUUGUUGUCACCAGCAACCAUUCCCGUCACCACCUCGCUGGCUUCUUCGUUACCAAACAACAGUCCGAUCUCGGCCUUGAACCACACCUCCAGACCUCCUCCGCCACCUCCCCCUGUCUCCCGCUCCAGCGGUCGGAGAAGGUUCACUAUGAGUGGGGCUGCGAAUAGCAACAACCUCCCUAUCUGUGACAUCCACCACAGGGGAAUAAUGAUUUACUGUAGGACAGACAAAGUAUGUAUAUGUCCUGAUUGUGAGACCGAGGACCACCCGGAUCAUGACACAGUGACUAUUGAAGCUGAAUGGAUGGAAACCAAGGUUCAGCUGAGUGCGUCGGAGCAGGAGAUCCAGGAGAUGAUCAGACAAAGAAUCAGAAAGAUUGAAGAGAUCAGAAUGUCAGUGAAUGAACUGGAGUUGGCGGUGGAGCGAGAGACAGCGGGCAGCGUAUGUGUGUUCUCAGCACUGGUGUCUGCCAUUGAGCGCUCCCAGGCAGAGCUGAUGGAGGUGCUGGAGAUGAGCCGGAGGGCGGCCGAGCACCAGGCUGAUGCCAUGAUACGGCAGCUGGAGCUGGAGGUCGAAGAACUGCGGAGGAGAGAAAGCGUGCUUGCCCAGCUUGCCCAAUCAGACGAUCACAUACACUGUGUCAAGACCUUCCCCAUCCUCUCCAGUCCUCCACCUGCCAAAGACUGGUCUGGAGUGUCGGUGAACUCUGACCUGGGAACAGGGACCAUCUACAGAUCGCUGGCAGUUCUGGUGGAAAGGUUCCAGAAAGAGCUGAAUAGUAUUGCAGAGACAGGUUUUCCUGCCACCUUACUGGAACCCAGUCCGGUCCGAACACAGCCCAGGAUGAGGAGGAUACAGGAGUAUGCAGUGGAUGUAACUCUGGACUCCAAUACUGCCCAUCCCAGAUUGAUUCUGUCAGAGGACAUGAAGAGUGUGAGGUGUGCAGAUCGACACCAGCUGGUUCCAGACAACACAGAGAGGUUUGACAGAGUUGUCUGUGUCCUGGGGAGGGAGGCAAUUUCCUCUGGGAGACACUACUGGGAGGUGCAGGUGGGCGGGAAGACAGACUGGGAUCUGGGGGUAGCCAGGCAAUCAAUCAACAGGAAGGGGAAGUUUGAAAUUACCCCAAGCAACGGAUACUGGUUCCUCAGCCUGAGAGACAAGAACAAGUACGCCUUUCGCACUGAACCCUCCACAGACGUCCAUUUGAACCUCCGACCCCAUAAGAUUGGGAUAUUUGUUGACUUUGAGAAAGGACAGGUGUCUUUCUACAACGUUGACGCUAAAAUGCACAUCUACACCUUCAAUGACACGUUCACUGAAUGCAUCUACCCGUUCUUCAGCCCCUGUACGAAUAAAUCUGGAAAGAACGACGGGCCACUGGUUAUCACACCAGUUAACAUGACAGAGUGACCGAACACCUGAAAGUUAUUUGUUUUUAUGACAUGUUUCUUCUUCUCUCUUACUGUACCUACUUGUAAUUGCUCUGUAUUAAGGUUCCUGGUCAUUUUUUUGCUAUGUGCUUUAUAAAUAUUCAUUGUUGGGUUCUCACAACGUUCUGUUCUGUUUUAAACAAUGUAUUUUAUAUGAUUUGCUGAUCUUUUAUUAAAACAAUCACAUUUUCUGAUAAGA